CCUUAAUGGUUGCACUGACACAGAAGGCAGCUUUCCACCUUUCCUCUACUACAACACCUUAGGAGCGUAGUCCACUCAGCAAUCUCCACCGCUAUGGGUUCCUCACAGUCAAAAGUGUCCGAUGUCGCCAUACAGGAGAAGCUUGUGGAGCGGCUUCAAGCACUCCAGAUGAAGAACGAUAGCCGUGUUGUUGAUAAGGACUAUGUCUACGUUGACGGCGACGCUCCCCCUACAUACACCCCCAUUGUAUCACACAAGCAAGAUGUGUCAGCAACUACUAUCGAGGAAUGGGAGAAGGAGCUCAUGGAAGACCCCAAGAAUCGCCUUGCUCUGGCAGCACUCAGCUCUAACCCUGCAAAUGCGGUCCUAUCAUCCCGCUCUGCUGCCAUCGCAGACACCCAGAACUUCAAUAUUAAGAUCCCACUCGAGGGUUCGCCAAUCACGAAUCAGGCCUCUUCGGGAAGGUGUUGGCUUUUCGCAUCGACCAAUGUCUUCCGGGUCGCUAUCAUGAAGAAGCACCGCCUUUCGUCCUUCCAGCUCUCGCAGUCGUACCUAUUUUACUGGGAUAAGAUCGAGAAGGCGAACUACUUCCUAGAAAACAUCCUGGACACUGCCUCUGAGGAUAUCGAUAGCCGGAUCGUGCAAGCACUCCUUGCAAGUCCUGUUGGAGAUGGCGGGCAAUGGGACAUGGUAGCGAACCUGGUACAGAAGUAUGGUUUAGUGCCUCAAACCCUGUACCCAGACUCCUACAACGCCCUCAACUCCUCGGUCAUGGACCGGCUGAUUACUACUAAGCUCCGAGAGGACGCAAUCCGCCUGCGAUCUCUGGCUUCCAGUGCUUCGACGACCGAUCCAUCCGUACUCAAGUCCUCAAUCGCCGCCGCCAAAGAGAAAAUGCUUCGCGAGAUCCACCUCAUCCUCACCCUUAUGCUUGGCCCCCCACCAGCUCCCGACAAAGCAUUCACCUGGGAAUUCUACGACCGUGAUGAAAAUCUCUGCACCAUCCGCACAAGCCCAACUGCCUUUGCAAAGGAACUCUCAGAUAGCAGGACGAUACGGGCAUUAAGCGGCACAGACAUCCACUCCCUCUUCUCGCUUGUGAACGAUCCUCGCAAUGCCUACAACCGCCUCCUCAGCGUCAAGCGCCUUGGAAAUGUCUACGAGGGCCGGCCGGUGACUUACGUCAACGUGGACAUGACCACGAUGAAGAAGGCUUGCAUUUCGAUGCUCCAGCGGGGAUUUCCCGUCUUCUUUGGUUCAGACGUCGGGAAGUACUCCGACUCAGCUAAGGGUAUCAUGGACACGAACCUAUUCGAAUAUGAGCUCGGAUUCAACGUUAAACUAGGAAUGAAGAAAGCGGAAAGAUUGAUGACGGGAGAGAGCCAAAUGACCCAUGCCAUGGUGCUGACGGCUGUGCACGUCGUUGACGGCAAGAGCGUGAGAUGGAGGGUAGAGAAUAGUUGGAGUGACAAAGUCGGAGAUAAGGGCUACUUCGUGAUGAGCGAUGCGUGGAUGGAUGAGUUUGUCUAUCAGGCUGUCGUUGAUCCAUCGGUCGUGAGUUCUACAAUUCGAAAGGUGCUUGAGCAGAAACCGAAGAUGUUGGAGUUGUGGGAUCCUAUGGGUGCGCUUGCUUGAAGGACUGCUCACCGAGAAGAUAAGAGGAGGUUGAGCUGGUCUCUGGAGGCCGGCGACUGAGACUGAGUUGGUUAUCUGAAAUGGUGCAAGGUUGACUUCUUGUUUUUUAAGUAGGGAUAUACACAGGCACCUACCCCUUCCUCUAAGCAUAUUUUAAUGAAUCGAC